GUUACCACCAAUACAGUCAAGUCAAGUCCCGUCUCUUAUCAGUACCUGUUUAACCAGCCGUGACGUGCACAUCUACUGCCAUAUCUAUACCUGUUGACAUUGUAACCCCCCAAAACAACACAUCAAGCUGUAGAUCUUCAAGAUGGCGUCCAAACGCACGCCCGGCAUCUUGUACGUGACGAUGCAGCCCAAAGAGGGCCUGCCAGAAGCACAGUUCCACGACUGGUACCAGAAUGAACACGGCCCCAACCGUCUGCGCCUCCCUUUCUGCAACAAUGGCUUCCGCUACCGCGCCUCGGACCUCGCCAGCCAGGCCGGCACCAAGGAGCAGCCCGAAUGGAUGGCCAUCUACGACUUCGACGAGCUCGAAUGGCUGACACGUGAGGAGUAUACGAGGCUGCGCGCCGCCCCCGUGCAGAGCCAGCGCGAGCGCGACACGAUGAAGCAGAUCUUCGUCGACCGCCGGAGCUACGAUCUGCUGAAGGAGUGGAAGGGCGACGACUUCGCCGACCUGCAGGAAGUGCAGAGCGACGGGCGCCAGAACGUCCUGAUCGCCGUGAGCUUCAACCUGCACGACGGCGAGGGCAUGGAGGACGAGCUGCGCCGCUGGUACGAGGACGAACACGUGCCGCUGCUCAUGAAGGUGCCCGGCUGGCGACGCUCACGCCGCUUCGAGACCAGCUAUCUGGACCUGCAGAGCGGGCACGCAAAGCAGAAGGAGUACCUCGCCCUGCACGAGUACGCGCCCGAGAACGGACUGGCGGAUAGCCCUGAGAUCACUGCCGCGACGACAACCCCCUGGUGCGAGAAGAUCUACGGCUCCGUCGUCAAGAACCGCAAACGGAGGGUGUACAACUGGUACUACACGUUCGGCGCCGCCCAGCGCGACCUGCUCUCCCUCGAGUCGGACGACACGCUCCCGUCUGCCUCCACCGACGGCCUCACCCGCACAUAUCCCGCCCACGCCUCGCCCGAGAAACGGCCCCUCAUCCAGAGCUACAUCACCACCGCCGACGGCGUCCAGAUCCCCUACCGCCUCGAAGGCGCCACGGACCCCAACGCCCCUUUACUCGUCCUCUCCAACUGCAUCCUCGUCGACCACACCAUCUGGGACGACUUCGUAGCGCACUUCCUCAAACUAGCCCCCGCAUACAGAAUCCUGCGCUACGACGCCCGCGGCCGCAACGCCCUGCCCCCCUCCUCCACCUCCCCCGUAACAGUCGACGUCCUCGCCGCCGACAUCAUCGCGCUCCUCGACGCCCUCCGCGCAAAAACAGCUUCCCUAAUCGGCGUCUCCCUCGGCGGCGCAACAGUCCUCAACACCGCCCUCACCCACCCAAACAGAAUCUCCUCCUUCAUAGCCUGCGACACCAACGCUUUCGCCCCGCCCUCCAACGCCCAAGCCUGGCUCGACCGCGUCGCCAUGUGCGAGGCCGAAGCCGCACUCUCCCCCACCCGCGAGCCCAUCGUCGGCGAGCAACUCGCCGAAAUCACAACACGCCGCUGGUUCGUCCCCGCGUCCUACGACGACGCGGAUCUCGCGCCCAAACUCGCGCACGCCAAGGAGCUGGUUAAGACGAAUUCUCUGCCUGGGUUUCGCGAUGGGGUGAAGGCGCUGCAUGCGUAUGAUUUGCGCGAGGGCAUGGCGGGGUUCAAGGGCAAGGGUGCGUUUUUGGUGGGCGCGCAGGAUGGCGUGCUGCCGAAGAGUAUGCGGGAGAAUAUGGCGGAGAAGCUGGGUGCGGGGGUGGAGUUGAAGGUCAUUGACGGCGCGGGGCAUUUGCCUAUGGUGGAGCGACCGGCUGAGGUUGCGGGGUUCGCUGCGUCGUUUCUGGGGUAAGUUGUUGUUUUAUGAGGGUAGAGAGGGUGGUAGAUAAAUAGCACGGAAGAAUUGCAUUCCCACAGCAUGACAU